CGCCUCGGCGUUUGGUUGUAAGUUCAUCAUGGCUGUUUCGAAAGGGGGGAUUGAGCCCAUCGUGUAUCCGGUGCCCGAGUUCUUUAACACCCAAGAAGCCCCGCACGCAGCGCAUGUUGGUCUGAACUUCAUCGCCCUACCCUCCUGGGGUGCCUUUUUGCCACGGGACGUAGCACCCAGCGGCGUGCCGGCCAGCGAGUGUAGCACCGUGGACACGGAACAGCGAGGCGACCUCCAAGUGCAGAAGCCAUGGUCGACGGCUUCCAUGACUACCUUGCUGAAUGUCUUCAACAGCAUGAUGGACGCAGCAUUGAGCUGCCAUCGUCCUCAAUCCUUGACUGUCACGCCCGCGCGAAGGUCCGGGCCUGCGUCAGGAGCAUCGGGACUCCAUUCAGUGAGUGUGGUUCGAGCCAAUUAGGGACCGCCCGAGCUAUCCGGAAAUAGUUUGGGAAAUGUGGG